AUGCCAAAGGUCAAGCGAUUCCGAAAUCUACAAAAAUCAUCACCUCAAACUGAAUCUUUAGGUACUUUACCAUCAACAAAUGCUGCAGUGACUACUCCAUUGAUUGAAGAACAAUCACCAUCAACAAAUCCUACAAUGUCUGAAUCAAUUGAAGUACAACCAACAAAUGAGACCUCAUCACAUGAUUCGUGGAACUCAACACAAUCGAUGUCCACAGAAAACACAGAGCAACCUACAACAUCCAAAAAACAUGUUGGGCGUGAAUCUUCAUCAUAUUGGAAUGUCGAUGCAAUAGACCUACAAGGAGUUAUGAAGAAAAUAAAGGUGAAGGUCAGAGAAGUAAGUAACUUACCUCAUGGACAACGCAUCAUUGUAGACUUUGAUGAGGUAGGCAUGGCUAUAGGCGAAGGGCAAGGAGUACUUGCGGGUUAUUGUGGGAUAUUGGCAACGGACGAUAAUUUAUUUCCAAUCAAUUUUGAAAGGUGGUCUGGAAAAACAGGCAUCCCUAACACCUACUUUUUAGAAUGCUUUAAGGAAAUAUUACAGCUUCGAUUUUGUUUUAAGACUACUGAAGCUAUUGCCCAAAGAUAUUGCAAAUUAACUUUGGGUAAGAAGUGGGCUGCACAUAGACAACGUUUAUGGAAUGAGUUCUAUGAUCCAACAAAAACAAAAGAUCAAAUCAUAUGUAAUGUGCCGACCGGUAUAGACAGAACUCAAUGGGCUCAUUUCGUUACCUAUCGUCUAAAACCGGAGACAAUGGUACAAGUUUGA